UGGUCAGUGCCAUUAUUUUAAACGUGCAAGUGGCGUUCCUUUUGAAAAUCCUCAUACAGAAAAUAUUUUCAAUCGUUUUGCAUCCGUCUAAUAAGAACGAAAAUGCCGAUUGGAAAAAGUUCUAAAAUAUUGCAGCAUAUAAAUUAUCGCAUGAGAUGUACUCUGCAAGAUGGUCGAGUUUUCAUCGGUUCUUUCUUAGCUUUUGAUAAACAUAUGAACUUAAUACUUGGCGAUUGUGAUGAGUUUAGAAGAGUGAAAUCAAAGAGCAGUAAAGGGGCUGACAAAGAGGAGAAGAGAGUUCUAGGUUUAGUUUUAUUAAGGGGUGAACAUUUAGUCUCCAUGACAGUGGAAGGACCACCUGCUUCAGAUGAUAAACCUCGCCUCCCUAAUACCAGUGCUACUCCGGGAAGUGGCAUAGGACGAGCUGCUGGUCGUGGUGUGGCUGUGCAGCCCCAGAUUUCUGCACCUGCAGGUUUAAGUGGUCCUGUCAGAGGAGUAGGUGGCCCAUCACAAGAUGUCAUGACACCUCAAGGGCGUGGUGGCCCUGGUCGUGGUGAACCUCCCCAACGUGGAAGUGCACCACCUCGUCCUGGAGGACCUCCUGGUAUGCCGCAAGGUCCUCCUGGUAUGAGACAACCAAUGCCACCUCCAGGUAUGAUGGGUAGAGGCAUGCCUCCCCCUGGAAUGCCUCCCCCCGGGAUGAGACCUCCUCCUGGAAUGCAAGGUCAAGGUCCACCUCCACCACAUAUGCAAGGUCAACAGAUGCAAGGUCAACAGAUGCAAGGUCAACAAAUGCCUCCACCUGGAAUGCCACCCAGAGGCCCACCAAGAAAUAUGUAAAGGAUAAAAAUGGCAAAUAUUGUGCAGUGAAAAACCAAUUUGGUGCGAUUUUCAAACUGUAAUUUUUAUUGUG